CUUUACAGUGUUUCCUAGCCUCAGUGCAGUGGGCAGCUGGGAGGAGGUGCUCUUACUCUCCAUGGACUUUACAGUGUUUCCUAGCCUCAGUGCAGUGGGCAGCUGGGAGGAGGUGCUCUUACUCUCCAUGGACUUUACAGUGUUUCCUAGCCUCAGUGCAGUGGGCAGCUGGGAGGAGGUGCUCUUACUCUCCAUGGACUUUACAGUGUUUCCUAGCCUCAGUGCAGUGGGCAGCUGGGAGGAGGUGCUCUUACUCUCCAUGGACUUUACAGUGUUUCCUAGCCUCAGUGCAGUGGGCAGCUGGGAGGAGGUUCUCUUAUUCUCCAUGGACUUUACAGUGUUUCCUAGCCUCAGUGCAGUGGGCAGCUGGGAGGAGGUGCUCUUAUUCUCCAUGGACUUUACAGUGUUUCCUAGCCUCAGUGCAGUGGGCAGCUGGGAGGAGGUGCUCUUACUCUCCAUGGACUUUACAGUGUUUCCUAGCCUCAGUGCAGUGGGCAGCUGGGAGGAGGUGCUCUUAUUCUCCAUGGACUUUGCAGUGCUUCCUAGCCUCAGUGCAGUGGGCAGCUGGGAGGAGGUGCUCUUACUCUCCAUGGACUUUACAGUGCUUCCUAGCCUCAGUGCAGUGGGCAGCUGGGAGGAGGUGCUCUUAUUCUCCAUGGACUUUACAGUGCUUCCUAGCCUCAGUGCAGUGGGCAGCUGGGAGGAGGUGCUAUUACUCUCCAUGGACUUUACAGUGCUUCCUAGCCUCAGUGCAGUGGGCAGCUGGGAGGAGGUGCUAUUACUCUCCAUGGACUUUACAGUGUCCCAGAACUUUUGAGGUAGUACUUCAGGAUGCAAAUUUCUGUUUGAAAAGCUAGCCUUUGCUUUCCUAACUGCCUGUGCAUAUUGGUUCCUAAAUUCCCUGAAAAGUUGCAUAUCACGGGGGCUAUUCGAUGCUAAUGCAGUACGCCACAGGAUGUUUUUGUGCUGGUCAAGGGCAGUCAAGUCUGGGGUGAACCAAGGACUAUAUCUAUUCCUAGUUCUACAUUUUUUGAAUGGGGCAUGCUUAUUUAAGAUGGUGAGGAUGGCACUUUUAAAGGAAUAGCCAGGCAUCAUCUUCUGACGGGUUGAGGUCAUGGUCAUUC